AUGGACAGACUCUCUUGCCCAAACCAUGUUAUCAACCAUGUCCUUAACCAUCUUCACUCUCCUCCUCCUCUCAUUCACCCUCUCAUCCUAUGCCUCAAGCGUCGACUCUCAAAGCAAGGCCGAGGUCAAACAAAUAUACCAGGAAUGGCUUAUGAAGCACGAGAAAACCUACAACGAGGAGAGGAAGACAGGAGGUUCGAGAUCAUCAAGGACAACUUGAGGUUCAUCGAUGAACACAAUGCCCAGGACCGUCCCUACAAGGUUGGCCUGAACACUUUUGCUAACCUAACCAACCAAGAGUAUCGUGCCAAGUUUUUGGGCACCAGAAGUGACCCUAAGCUUAGGGUCAUGAAGGCUAAGAACCCUAGCCAAAGAAUGGUGGAGGCCUUGGUUUGCACAAGUGAUUGGUUGAAAGUCGGGAAGUUCUCCUUUUACAAGGAUCCUACUAAGGAGAAACUUGAGCUCUUUGAUGCUUUGGAGAAAAUUGAGACUGCUCCUUUUCCUUCUUUGGACUUCCGUCGAGCAGCUGGUGGGCAACUCCAUGAGGUCACACCACCAGCAAACAAGGACCUCCAAGCCUUCCUUCAUGGUUGCCAAAGGUCGUCUGACCCCAUUAACCCCAUGGUGGCUCCGCCACUAGUCAUUCACUUCACAUUCUUAACACGUUGCCAACCACCACGAGCAUCUCCAAAACGGUGCGUAACGGUGCGUUUCGGUCAUCUACGGCUGAUCGCUCACCGUAACCGGCACAGUUCGACAGUCGUCGGAGCUUCGAAGCCGCGGGCAUUUUACCAGAGCAUGGAGAAAAGGAGAUGGUUGGUAUUUGUAGUGUUUACAUGGAUGUUUGUUUUUUCUGCUGGAAGAGAACUGAAAAUUAAGCACAAGGAUCGUGGCCCCAUCUAUAAUCAUACGCUUGCCACUAUAUUAGUGCGGUAUGCUUCCACGGUGUAUUUAUCAGAUUUGACAGAGCUGUUUACUUGGACAUGCUCAAGAUGUGACGGUUUGAUUAAGGAUUUUGAAAUGAUUGAGCUGGUUGUUGACAUCCAGCAUUGCUUACAGGCUUUUGUUGGAGUGGCACAAGAUCCCAAUGCUAUCAUAAUUGCAUUUAGAGGGACUCAGGAACACAGCAUACAGAAUUGGGUUGAAGAUUUAUUUUGGAAACAGCUUGAUUUAGAUUACCCUGGCAUGCCUGAUGCAAUGGUGCACCAUGGGUUUUUUAACGCUUACCACAACACAACCAUACGCCCUGGAAUUCUAAAUGCUAUUGCAAGAGCUAAGGAGUUCUAUGGAGAUAUUCGCAUCAUAGUUACAGGUCAUUCAAUGGGCGGGGCAAUGGCUUCAUUUUGUGCUCUUGAUCUAAGGGUCAAUCAGAAAGAGAGAAAUGUUCAAGUUAUGACAUUUGGACAACCUCGUAUUGGUAAUGCAGCUUUUGCAUCUUACUUUAGCGAACUUGUGCCAAAUACUAUACGAGUUACAAAUGAACAUGAUAUGGUUCCUCAUUUGCCUCCAUACUAUACUUAUUUUCCUCAGAAGACAUACCAUCACUUCCCAAGAGAGGUGUGGCUUUAUAACGUUGGAGUUGAAAGUCUUGUUUAUGAGGUUGAGAAGAUCUGUGAUGAUUCUGGCGAGGACCCAACCUGCAGCAGGUCGGUGAGUGGGAACAGCAUUUCAGACCAUCUAGUUUAUUUUGGUGUUGAAUUGAUGGCCAAGACAUGGAGACGGUGUAGAAUUGUGAUGGGUCCUGGGGUAGUGGAAUACAGCAGAACAGAUCUUGGAGGAAAUUUUGUACUGUCCAGAGAUCUUGCAACUCCUGUUCUAAAGAUGAAUGCAAUUUCAGAAGCUGGGGCAAAACCUCUAUAG